AUGUCCCUGAAAGUCCAGACCAGCAACGUGACUAACAAGAACGACCCCAAGUCCAUCAACUCGCGCGUGUUCAUCGGCAACCUGAACACGGCGGUGGUGAAGAAGCCGGACGUGGAGGCCAUCUUCUCUCAGUACGGGCAGGUCCUGGGCUGCUCCAUCCACAAGGGCUACGCCUUCGUCCAGUACGCCAGCGAGAGGCACGCACGGGGGGCCGUGCUCGCCGAGAACGGGCGGGUCCUGGCGGGGCAGACCCUGGACAUCAACAUGGCAGGAGAGCCCAAACCACAGAGUCCAGUGGGGGUGAAAAGACCAGGGGCAGCUCUGUACAGUGGCUACGACUCCUUCAGGGAUAAUUUCUACGACAGACUUUUUGACUAUCGCAGUCGGGCGUCGCAGAUCCCGCGGCCGGUGCCUCUGAAGCGCCCUCGUGUGGCCGUGCCGGUCAUGCGCAGGGUGAAGUCGCUGCCCGUGAAACUGGUUUCUCGAUCCCCCGUCACGGGGAGCCGCUCUGUCCGACGCAAGCUGAAGACCAGCGAGCUGCAGGCUAUCAGAGCUGAACUGGCUCAGAUCAAGUCCAACAUCGACGCCCUGCUGGGCCACCUGGAGCUCAUCACAGAGAGCAGCGCAGAGCUCCACCGGGCAGGUGAGGGUAAUGGCGAGGUGUCUGCGGACGAAUCGGCUGCGGACACAGAGUCACGUCAUACCGACGAGGAAGAGGAGGGUGACGAAGACACACAGGACGAGUGUGAAGAGUUCACGGAAUGCGAUCGCUUAAAAGGAACAGACUCCAUCCUUCAAUAAAGAUGCAUCUUGAAGCUGCCCCUGCACGUGUUAUUUUUAUUUUUUUAACCCCACCAUCAGGAGGCAGGGCAGAGCAGGGUGGGGUUUGUAAGUAUGGAAACUCUUUCAGUUCUACAGGCAUCGGGGCCAACAGGAAGGAAGCACUGAAGGUAGCGGUGUGACGUUAACGCACAUUAAUGAAGAAGACUGUUGAGGAGCCGCUGGGGGUUCAGGGCGAGCCUCAACACCACAGCUGCACGGAUGGACAUGCUAGCCUAGCGCCCAGCCUCCUCACGACCCCAGACCCUCUCAAUGAUGCCAAGCUUGUUUAUUUAUUUAUUUUGUUCUUGGAAUUUUUUUAAAUCCACAUUUUUUUAAACAAAAUGAGAAGGGGGAGGGGUGGAUGGGGGGAUUGGUCACACACCAAAAUAUAAACUGUGCAUAAAGUGAUAAGGAUGGCAGGCUGGAUUCUAUUGAUAAUGUGGCUGAACUCCCAGCAUCCUUUGUGUUUUCCUUCUCUUUUUUAUAUUUUUUAUCUUUCUAAAUGAAAUUAGAGCACAGUUCUGCAUUUGCGCAUUCCAAAAUAUAAUCACAGAUGUACUUUCUAAAAAAAAAAAACAAUGUGUGGCCUGAUGAACGCCUAUAAGAGUCCACAUAAACGUGAGUCAUUCAGUCUGUGUUCCUCUGUUUUCUAAAAAUCUGUGUUGUGCUUUUACAUCUCUAUGGAUAUAACUUUCUCUCUGAUGUAUUUCCAGAUGAAAACUUGCUUUUAAUGGCGUGUUUUCUGCUGGUUUAUAUAUUUGAUAUUUCUCAGACAUACUCAUGACAUAAUCAAUCAUAAUUGGAUCCUUUGAGAGGUAUGUUUUUUCACUCCAUCUCUGCACCUCAAGCAAUUAUUUCAGAUUUAAUCCAACAUUAAUAUUAUUAAUGUUAUUCUGACAUUAUACCUGCACAGAGAUGAGCCUCAUUCCAUAUGCAUGUCUGAAAAUUUUACAAAAU